UCUGUCUGUCCCAUAGUCGUUAGAUCCUCCGAUGAAUAUUUAAGAUUCGGAUCUGGAGUACGACGCGCUGAGGAAAUUUUUCCAAGGGCGGGAUUUCUGUUUUCCGGCCCGAUCAGAAGAGCUGGAUACUGAACGGAGACCUUCCACGCCCCACGUCACCGCACCAGAAUCGCCGUCGAACAGGCAGUGCGGCCGGCGGCGAACAGAUUCCGUGUCGGAGAAGCGUUGCCAUGUUCACAACCCUGCGCAAGUUCCGACCGCCAAACAAACUCCUGGCCUUCCUCUGCCCCGCUGCUCCUUCCGCGCCCGCCUACCGCCACCUAUUCCCGUCUUGGGUCUCCAAUAACCGCCUUAUCCAGAGGCAUCCGCGCCUGCUCUGCCUCGAGGCUCGCCUCUCUCUUCGCCGCCUCCGUGCCAUCCUCGCAUUCGCCAUCGUCUCCGGUCUCUUCCGCAUCCCCUUCGUCUCCAGCCGCCUCCUCCUCCACGCCUCCUCCUUCGACCUCCACUUCGCCUUCGAAAUCUUCCGGCGAAUGCCAUCUCCCAACCUUUUCUCCUGGAACACCGUCAUCAGAGCUGCAUCCGUCUGCGAGAACCAGCAAACCUCGGUCGCCUUCUCCCUGUAUGCCGAAAUGCUGCUGAGAGGCAAACUUCCGGAUAAGUACACUUUCCCCUUCUUGCUCAAGGCCUGCCGCUCCAGGUCUGAUCUGAAUUACGGUAGAUUACUCCAUUGCCAUGCUUUGACAUUAGGCCUCAGCGAUGACAUAUACUUGCAGACGGCACUUGUCACAAUGUACUUAUCUUGCGGGCAGUUUGAUCUCGCUCGCUAUGUGUUCGACGAUAUCCCUCAAAAGGAUGUUGUUUUGUGGACCACAGUGAUCUCCGGUUUGGUUGACAACGGCUGCCAUGAGGAGGCUCUGAAGGUAUUCAACCAGAUGAGAAUGUUUGACCAUAAGGUCUGCCCUAAUGAGGUCACUGUAGUUUCCGCCAUGUCUGCAUUUGUCGGCUUAGGAUCUCUGGAACUUGUUAAGAGUCUACAUGCUUAUGCAGAGAAGAUAGGCUUGGAAAUCAAUGUUUUCUUUCGGAAUUCGCUCAUAGCUGGAUAUGCCAAGUGCGGAAGUGUUGCUUGUGCCGUGCAAGUGUUUGAUAGAAUGGGUGUAAAAGAUUUGCAUUCUUGGACGGCCAUGAUAACGGCUUUAGGUUCGCAUGGACUUGGAAGAGAAGCGAUCGAAGUUUAUUCGACGAUGUGUAAAAUGAAUGUGUCGCCGGAUUCCACUACUUUUAUUGCUGUCCUCUCUGCUUGUAGUCACAGUGGUUUGGUGGAUGAAGGGAUCGAUAUUUUUGAAUCUAUGGAGAGGUUCGAUGUUGUUCCGGAGCCUAAGCAUUAUGGUUGUGUGGUGGAUCUUUUGAGUCGAGCAGGACAUUUAGCUCAGGCACUUGAGUUUGUCUCGAGAAUGCCCGUAAGACCUACUUUGGCAAUACUAGGGGCUUUACUGAGUGCAUGCAGAGUUCAGAAUAAUUUAGAGCUCGGUGAACUUGUUGCGAUGAAAAUUAAGGAGCUAUACCAAUAUAAAGGGGGUGCUAAUGUCCUUUUAUCCAACAUAUAUGCAGACCAGCAGCAAUGGCAGGAAGUGGUUUCGACAAGAGAAGUUGCUCGAAAGGAGGCAGAAAAGCCUCCAGCACAAAGUUGGAUUUAAAUUAAUAGAAAGGUAGAUUCAGAUUUUGGUUUUUAUAUCGCGUGCAUAAAGGACACAAAAGCAUUUUGCACAAAGUUGGAAAUAAAAUGUAGCAGUGCCUGCAUACAUUUUGUUAUGCCUCUAGAGUGUGAUUGUUGGCAUUAUCUUUUAUCUCACACAAGCAUUUUUUGAAUUUGCCAAUGGAGAGAUACAACAUUGACAGAUUGCAGAAAACAUCUUAAAAUUUUUAGAAGUUCUUCUUUGUAAAAGGAUUUUCGUGAUGAUGGAUAUGUAAGAUGCUCUCUUUAGACUGGAUUGAUGAGCUCACUCUGGGUUUUUGACGGGGGAAGAUGGGAGCUUUACAAUCUCAGUCACUUUGGUGAGUGUUUCUUUUCGACAUGCUUGUUCGUCGAGUGAUGUUGCACAGUUACCCGCUUGCAUUAGAUGAGUGAUCUUCACUUCCUGGUGCCAUGCCAACCAUGGCACAUCCAAGUGAUGACUGGAUUGAUGAUCUUCACUUCCUGGACAACAAGCCCACUACAAAGUUCAUGGACAUUAACUUGGGGCCUUCAGCAAGAAGACAGCAGUGUCAUCACCAGUCAGAUAACUAACAGUAUUUGCUUGAGAGGUUUCCAAGUGAAAAGAGAAUUAAAGUUUUUUUUUUAUUGAUAAUUCACGUAUCCAGAUCCUAUAGCUAGAUGGUUUUCCCUUCUGAUUCGCCUAUUAGAUAAUCCUGAGUAUAAUUUAUGCACACUGAGAAGUCGGUCUUCAAAAUAUUCAUUCUAUUUGGGAUUCAAAUU